AUGUCCUCCACAGUUGCUCUCCAACCCUCUGUUGUCUCCGGUGAGCAGGGAACAAAUGAUGAUGAUGAUGAAGUGUCGCAGGUAACCUGGUCGGCCUCCUUCUGUAUCGUACCCCUGACCGCUGCCUACAUCGCAACCUUCACCUACGAUGCGACCUAUCAGUUUCUGAGUGCGGCUGGUAAACUUUCUUACGUGCCUCGCAGUCCAGCGCAACAGUUCAGUGAAGUACUGCUGAUCCUUUUCACAGCUCUAGUGCCGUUGAUCCUCUUUUUUCACAUCCCCGCGAUGCGAUCGCUGAUCUUCGUGGCAAUUGCGUCUAUACGAAAGCGGUGUAGCAAUGGUCAGAAGGCGGGAAUUGGGGAAUCAUACGUUUUGCAAGUAAAACCAGAGCAGGGCACAGAACCGGAGCGGUUGAGAGAGUGA